AUGGUGGGCGAACCACAAAUUGGAUUAAAUGACAAGUUGAAGUUUUAUGGUGUAGACCCAUCAUCAACAACAGCAGAAAAACAUCACCACAGAAGAUGCCAUAAAAAAUACCCUUCCAUGGAGAUCUUGUUCGACGAAAGCUUUCGAACGAUGGCAGUGUGGGAAGUUUUUCAUUUCUCUCAAACACUGUCAUGUCGAGAAUGGCAAUUAUUCUACUCAUUCAAAAGUCUUAAAGUUUUGACUUUCCAACAAAUGACAUUAUAA